GCACCGCGCGAGCCCCCCCCCCCCUGCUGGAGAAGAUGGCGCUGGGCGGCCAGCACACUUUGGCAGAGCUAGAAGUUCUUUGUAAACAGCUCUAUGAAGGGACAGAUUUAGCCCAGCGAAUACAAGCGGAAAAAGUGCUGUUGGAGCUUAUCAACAGUCCUGAAUGUCUCAGCCAGUGCCAGCUUUUAUUGGAGCAAGGAACGACAUCCUAUGCACAACUUUUAGCAGCAACAUGUCUCUCCAAACUGGUGUGCAAAACAACCCCUUUACCAAUACAACAAAGAAUGGACAUCAGGAACUACAUAUUAAACUAUGUGGCAUCUCGACCGAAGCUGGCCCUUUUCGUGAUUCAAGCGCUCGUUCAGGUUAUUGCAAAGAUAACAAAGCUGGGAUGGUUUGAUGUUCAAAAAGACCAGCUCAUCUUUAGAGACAUUAUUACUGAUGUUAAAAAGUUUUUACAGGGAACAGUGGACCAUUGCAUAAUAGGAGUAAUGAUUCUUUCAGAAUUAACUCAGGAAAUGAACUUUAUAGAUUAUUCUAGACCUUCAUCAAAACAUCGUAAAAUAGCUACCUCUUUUCGUGAUACAACUUUAAAAGACAUUUUGAUGCUAGCAUGCUCGCUGCUGAAAGAAAUGUUGGCAAAACCAUUAACACUUCAGGAUCAACAGCAACAAAAUUUAGCAAUGUACCUUUUGAAACUUGUCCUCAAUUGUCUUAACUAUGACUUCAUUGGCAGUUCAGCAGAUGAAUCUGCAGAUGAUCUGUGUACUGUACAGAUUCCAACAAACUGGAGAUCAAUCUUCCUGGAACCAGAGACCUUGGACCUCUUUUUUGAUCUGUAUCAUUCCCUCCCACCGAUGCUGUCCCAAUUAGCACUUUCCUGCUUAGUUCAGUUUGCUUCUACAAGGCGAUCCUUGUUUAGCAAUCCAGAACGUGCUAAGUAUCUUAGUAAUCUGAUCAAAGGAGUAAAAAGAAUACUUGAAAAUCCUCAGGGUUUAUCUGACCCUGGUAACUAUCAUGAAUUCUGUCGAUUUUUGGCUCGGCUGAAAACUAACUAUCAACUGGGGGAAUUGGUUGUUGUAAAAGAUUACCCAGAAGUUAUUAGACUGAUAGCCAAUUUCACCAUCACUAGUUUGCAGCAUUGGGAAUUUGCACCAAACAGUGUUCAUUAUUUGCUAACUCUUUGGCAGAGAAUGGUUGCCUCGGUGCCUUUUGUGAAGUCAUCAGAACCUCAUCUAUUAGAUACAUACGCACCUGAGAUUACAAAGGCAUAUAUUACCUCUAGACUGGAAUCUGUCCCUAUGGUCAUAAGAGAUAGCUUGGAUGAUCCAUUGGAUGAUACAGCUACAGUAUUUCAGCAGCUGGAGCAAUUGUGUACCGUUAGCAGAUGUGAAUAUGAAAAAACAUGUGCUCUUCUUGUACAGCUGUUUGACCAAAAUGCACAAAACUACCAGAAGCUGUUGCAGUCUUGUAGUAGAAAUCCUCUGGCAGUCUCAAUUCAAGAAGGACGCUUAGCCUGGCUUGUGUAUCUUGUUGGGACUGUUGUAGGAGGAAGAUUAACAUACACCAGUACUGAUGAACAUGAUGCUAUGGAUGGGGAAUUGUCCUGUCGAGUCUUCCAGUUAAUUUCUUUGAUGGAUGCCCAGUUACAGCGCUCCAGCAAUGAGAAAGUGGAACUUGCAGUGCUCUGGUUUUUGGAUCAGUUCCGCAAAACAUAUGUAGGAGAUCAGCUGCAGAGGACCUCAAAGGUUUAUGCUCGAAUGUCAGAAGUCUUGGGAAUAACAGAUGACAACCAAGUUCUAGAAACGUUUAUGGCCAAAAUUGUGACAAAUCUUAAAUACUGGGGACGAUGUGAGCCUGUGAUUUCAAGAACUCUUCAGUUUCUAAAUGAUCUUUCAGUUGGUUAUAUUCUUUUGAAAAAGCUUGUGAAAAUAGAUGCUGUGAAAUUCAUGCUACAGAAUCAUACAAGUAAACAUUUUCCUUUCUUGGGUGUCAAUGAUAAUUAUGGUUUGAGUGACCUCAGAUGCAGAACAACAUUUUAUACAGCUCUCACGCGUCUCCUUAUGGUGGAUCUGGGAGAAGAUGAAGAUGAGUUUGAAAACUUCAUGCUUCCUCUGACAGUUUCAUUUGAAACAGUAGCCCAGACAUUUAACAGUAGCUUUAAACAAGAGGAAGCAAAGCGUAUGUUGAUCGGACUGGCAAGAGAUCUUCGAGGGAUUGCCUUUGCUCUGAACACAAAGACCAGCUACACCAUGCUGUUUGACUGGAUAUAUCCAUCAUAUCUUUCAAUAUUUCAAACAGCUAUUGAGUUGUGGUAUCGUGAGCCAGCAUGUACGACACCUAUUUUGAAGCUCAUGGCUGAGAUGAUGCAAAACAGAUCACAGCGUUUAAAUUUUGAUGUGUCAUCUCCUAAUGGGAUUCUACUUUUCCGGGAGGCUAGUAAGAUGAUUUGCACUUAUGGUAACCAGAUCCUGUCCCUUGGGACGCUGUCAAAAGAUCAAGUUUAUCCAAUGAAACUCAAGGGUAUUUCCAUCUGUUACUCUGCACUCAAAUCUGCCUUGUGUGGAAAUUAUGUCAGCUUUGGCGUCUUCAAGUUGUAUGGGGACAACCACUUUGACAAUGUACUUCAGGCCUUUGUCAAAAUGCUGCUCUCAGUUUCCCACAGUGACUUGCUACAAUAUCGAAAACUAAGCCAGUCUUAUUACCCACUGCUGGAAUGCCUCACACAGGACCAUAUGAGUUUCAUUACUAGUUUAGAGCCUCAUGUACUAAUGUAUAUAUUUACUUCAAUAUCUGAAGGACUUACUGCACUAGAUACCAUUGUCUCCUCCAGCUGUUGUGCAAGUUUAGACUACAUUGUCACCUACCUCUUCAAACACAUAGCAAGAGAAGGGAAGAAGCCUCUGAGGUGUAGAGAGAUUUCCCAAGAGGGACAAAGAUUACUGCAUUUCAUGCAACGCAACUCAGAGGUGCUGCAGCAGAUGAUGUCAAUUCUUUUGAACACCAUCAUUUUUGAGGAUUGCAGAAACCAAUGGUCUGUGUCAAGACCCCUCUUGGGACUCAUACUCCUCAACGAGAAAUAUUUUAGUGAAUUAAGGGCAGGUUUGAUAAACAGUCAGCCUCCUGAUAAACAAGAAGUUCUUCAUCAGUACUUCAGAAACCUAAUGGAAGGAGUGGAGCAGAAUCUUCUAGUAAAGAACAGAGAUAGAUUCACCCAGAACAUGUCCGUCUUCCGCAGAGACAUGGCUGAAAUUCUGCGCUGUGAGGGAGUGACAGAAUCAAGCAGUUCGGACAUGAUAAGUUGAUGCUCAACGUGAAUGGAGUUUAAAUAAUAAUGACCAGACUCUGAAAGUUGGGAUGCCACGCUAUAUUGUUAGAUAGGUUUUGACUUCAUAGAAAAUAUUUUUUUAAAUAACUUCUGCCUGUUUGUAUCUCUGGCAUAAAUGUAAGGAUUUGUAACACUGGAAACUGUGUAAAAGGAGACUUGGCAUAAAGAGCCAUUUUGAAUUUUCCUGUCCAGGUUUCUUAUUUCUUUUCUCGGUUACAUGGUGCAGAAAUGGGACUUAACCAAAGAACAAAAUACUAUAUGUAUUUUCUUCAUGAAAUUACAUUUAUUAGAGCUUUCACAUCUACAAUCAAACCAAUAAACAAUUUCAUAGAUUCUUGUUUA